AGUUUCGGGUCAGACUUGACUUUCGAUGCUGUCAUUGUCGUACUGUCGCUGGGCCUCCCUCCUUAUCUGUGCGAGAGCGUUGCCAAGGACGAAAUGAUAUGCACGAUUACCCUGAAUCAUCUUCAGGAUACAUUAAGUUUGCUUAAAGGUGUCUUCUCCCGAAGACUAUACCGUGUAGUGGAGAUAACUGAAUAACAGACUUGAAAAAUUGAGAGGCAGUGUGUGACGCGAGACGUGACGUCAAGACACAAACAUAGAGUGGGGCACUGGGCACGAGGACACAGUUUGGCUGAAGCCCAAGAAUAAUCAAGAUGAUGCCAGCAGGAUUUAGUGACACGUCUGACGAGGAUGAGGAUGAGCUGGAGCUGCACAGUGCUGUGACGGGGAGGUACUUCAGGCUCAGAGGCAGGUCACUGGAGGAGAGAAUCGACAUGACACCCACCUUGUAUAAGCAUGGUGAAUUGCCAGAGACUCCAGACUCUAGUUGCCAUAAUGGAGACUUAUCUCAGCAUAAUGGGUCACUUACCUUAUCAAAUGGAAGUGAUGUCAGAAGUUUCAGUAAUGGGGAAUUACAAGAAAAGUCAGGGAAUGCAGUGCAUGCACCAGCUAACAGCCCUUCUAGAUAUUACGGUGGAUAUAAGAAAUCAUCCAGUUCAACACUGUUGUGCAGCUCUCAUAAAAAUUAUAGUCCAGCAUCUUGCGGGGGAAGAUCAUGGAGGCAAGUGCAAAUGUACGAGGGUUACUCACUCCCCUUUGAUGAAUUCCGUAUGGCGGCAAUGCAUGGGAAUUUACCUGUGGUAAAAUCUUUAGUUAAACAAGGCAUUGCUAUUGAUCAGAUUCUAAAGUCUGGCUGGACUUGCUUGAUGUAUGUUUGCUCUUGUGGCAAACCUAAGGUGGCUGAGUUUCUGCUGCAACAAAAUGCAGACCCUAAUCUCCAUAAAGAGUUGUUCACUGCUCUCAUGGCAGCAUGUGCUUCAAGUCGUGAAUCUGAACCAGACCUUCUGGACUGUGUGAAAUUAUUGCUCAGUUAUGGUGCUAAAGUGGAUGCAGCAGAGCGGCAUCGCAUGACUGCCCUCAUGUUUGCCAGUAAAGAAGGGCGUGCAACAAUUGUUGAGGCACUCAUUGAUGCAAAAGCUGAUAUCAACAAGCAAGAUAACAAAGGGUGGACUGCUCUCUGCUGGGCAGCAACAAGAGGUCAUGGGAAAGUUGUACGGAUCUUGCUGCAGCACUCGGCUGAUCCAUUAAAAAUGAACACUCAUGGCCAAAGAGCAGCAGAUAUUGCACUUACAGCAGGCUACCCUGAGAUUGCAGACAUUCUGGACCGUGUGGCUGCUGGAGGUGCCAAUGUACCACUCAUGGAAAAUGAUGCUGAAAAACUUUUGGUUAAGCACUCCUUAGAUAACAAGACAGCCCAUGAAUUUGGAGAGCUCGAGAUGGUGUUGACAGGGCUGUAUUUAUCACACUUGAUCCCUGUGUUUAAGCAGCACCAAGUGUCAUUUGAGUUGUUUCUACGCUUAUCAGAGAAAGACCUUGAAAACAUGAAUGUAACUGCUGUAGGAGAGCGAAAGAAGAUUUUACUUUCAAUUAAAGAAAUACACAAAAAAGAGUGGCAAACUUCAAGUCUGCCAAAUGUGGCAGCGAAUGCAAAUAUUACGGUUCCAGAGGCUGCUGCUUUAAUAGCCAAUAUCAACAAGCAUAUUCGCUACAUCCAUGCAUCAGUAGGGUAUCUGCGAGACCAAAUUCAGGGUAAUCCUAGGCUUUUGCAGUUAGGCCUGGAUGUUCAUUCUGUUUCCUCUCUGUCAUCACAGUGUGGGGACUCAAUGAAAUUUAUACAGGGUCUUCAAGAGGAACUAAGGUUCUUUAAAAGUCACCUUGAUAAGGUAAGUGGAAAUGCCGAGUACAGCACAGCAGAUCUCAUUACAGAUUGCAGAGAUAAUGGUAGAAUGUGGCAGCGACGAAUUUUGGCCUCCUUAGUGACCACAACAGCAGUUGCCACCAUCCUGUGGUACUCCAGACCCCAGAUAUUUGCAAGUAUAUUCAGCAUCAAGGCACCACAGAAUACAGUCAUACUUGAUAUAUAAUGUUUUUAAUAGAGCGUGUAGUAAUUUUUCCAAGUCUCGGAAAAUUAACUACUGGCUAGUGUGGGGGCAGUGGUCUUUUUGAAGGUAAUAGUGCAUACACAUUCACUGAAAGGUAUGAAUCUGAUACGAAGUAGUAGUUGUCACAGCUGCUUUUCGUUGAUGACAUUUCUCUGGUAAAUUUUGGUGAGAAUUUGCAAGGUUUGGUGAAUGAGUUUGGGGAGUGUGUGUAUAAGUAUGGUGUUUACAGUAAAAAUGGAAUGAACUUCAAAAUAUCUAUAUUAAUAAUGAAAAAUAUUCAAUGUAAUAAAGGUUGUAUAAGAUUUAAAGAACAAAGUCAUACUCAGUACUGUAUGGGAAAUAUCUAUAAUUUUAAUCUAAAAUAUGCCUUCAUGUAAUGAUAAAGUUGGCUAACUGUACUUUGUCUUGAUGGAAAAAGACUAGUGCCAAAAAAGUUUUGCCUGCACAUGUAACUUCAAUAGAAUACAGGCAAAUAAAAUACAUUACAAUAGUAGUACUGUAGUACUAGUAUUUUUUUUUUUUGUUUUUGUUUUUUGUUGUUUGUCAUUUGUUACCUUUGCAAUCAUUCUGUCCACCUUCAGCAAAGGUUGAUGGAUUGAUCAUGUCAAAACUGUUAUUAAUGUCUGCAGUGUUUCAUUUGCCUAUAUUGGACUGAUGAAGACUGUUGUGCAAACAAAUCAUUUUAGCGAUAAAGAUAUCCAAGUGUUGCUCAUACACGUGUCUUAUUCAUCAACCUGUUGGUAUUGUAUUUCAUCAAUAAUAUGGUGCUUUGUCUUGUAUAAUAAUUGAACAUUUUUGGUGCACUUCAUUUUUUUUUUUUGUUGCAGUGUACUCUAGCAUUUAAAUGAACAAGAAAAUAAAACUUAAAUUCAAUCCUUAAACAUGGAAUGAAAUUUUGUGAUAACUUUUAAGUUAUCUCAUCCUCUCAGUGCAGUAAUACCUACUAGAAACAUUUAAUGCUGUAUAGAUUCUAUAGUAUUUUUAAAGUAUUUUUUCUUUAUUACUAUUAUUUUUGGGCUAAAUUAUUUAAAAAAAAAUUGUGUAGGCAUAUUUAAAAAACUGCAUAUCCAGUUUAAUAUUUCUUUAUAGUAUGUACUUGGAAUUGAGUGUGAUACAAGUUAUACAGUAGGUGCCAUAAAUAUGCAGGCAAAUAAGUACGUCUGUAACAGACUAUUUGCCUGACAUUCAAGAAGUGCCAGGGCAACCUUUGCAUGGAAAAUAAUGCCAAAGAUAUAAAGAAUUUACUAAUUGUAGUUUUCCACACAUUAAUGACUAGCCCAGAAAUUUGCAGGACUCUAAUCCAAUGGUGAACAUUUGCAAACUUAUUAAGCAUACGCUUCAUGGUAUGGAUGUGUCCUCUAACCCUAAAAUUUUGAGUGCAGUUAAUUAAGUAUAAGAGGGUAUUUACUUUUCUAUCCUCCAUACAUUAGCCUUAUCAGUGCCUAGGAGAUUUAAGGAGUGCAUCCAGAAGGGUAAUUCUAUGAAAUACUAGUUUAGGUGAGGAACAUGUGCAUAUCUUUUUUUUUUUUUUU